AUGUGGGCUUUUAUGUCAAAUGCAUACCAAUUUAGCUCAUCAGAAUCACUGGAUGGCUCAACGAGCAUUGACUCUUACACAGUUAGUCUUCGAUGCAUUGAUGAAUCACCAGACAUAUGGCAUAAUCAGGUGAUAAAAGGAAACAAGACAACUAUUACAUUCAGCCAGUUAGAGCCAGAUACAAAGUAUGUAGCCAAGGUGCGUGCUGAGUGCAGUUUGGGUCACAGUAAAGAGAGUGAAACUAGUGACAUUAUACAAACUAAACCACCAAUAGUUGAUGUUAGGCUACAGAACAUCAUUGCUGAUUCAAAAGUCAUUAAAGAUGGGUCCCCAGUAGUGUAUAAAAUCACAGCUAAGCCAUUAACUCUUAGAAAAAAAAACAAAAAUAUUGCCAAAAUUGAGUUUGGUACUCCUGUUGCUCCUACAAUUCCAACAAGGGUACUAAUGGUUGUUGGAGCUACUGGCGCUGGUAAAAGCACAUUAAUAAAUGCAAUGGUCAACUAUUUCUUAGGAGUGAAGUGGGAACAUGAAUUUCGACUGAAGCUGAUUCAUGAUGAAGUGUCUCAAAACCAGGCACAUAGUCAAACACAAAUAAUCACCGCAUACACCUUUUAUUGGAAAAAAGGUUCUCCUUUGGAUUGCAAUUUAACCAUAAUUGAUACACCUGGUUUUGGUGAUACUCGUGGUCUAGAAAGAGAUCAAGAGAUCACAAGGCACAUACAAGAGUUUUUUGAAAUGGAAGGAAGUGAUGGGUUAGAUUCAUUGCAUGGUAUUGGUUUCGUUACUCAAGCAUCUCUAGCAAGAUUAACUCCGACUCAAAAAUACAUUUCUGAUUCGAUCCUCUCUAUUUUUGGAAAUGAUAUCAAGAAUAAUAUCUUCAUAAUGACAACCUUUGCUGAUGGUGCAGAUCCACCAGUAAUGGAAGCUGUAAGGGAAGCAAAGAUUCCUCACGCAGAUUUCUUUCCUUUCAAUAAUUCUGCACUUUUUGUUCAUUCAAGUAAGUCAGAUUUUUCUAAAAUGUUUUGGGAUAUGGGUUAUGCCAGUUUGGAAAAAUUCUUUACUACAUUUCAACAAGCAGGCGCUGUCAGUCUCCAGCUGACUCGUGAGGUAUUAAAUGAGCGCCAGCAAUUAGAAGUAAUUGUUAAUGGCAUUCAACCACAGAUUAAUGCAGGACUAGCAAAAAUAGACGAAUUAAAUCAAGAAGAAAAAAUGCUAAAGGAAAAUGAAUCCAAAAUUAAAGCAAAUAAAGAUUUCACAUAUAAAGUAAAAAUCACCAAACAACGACAGAUCCCACUUCCUCAUGGCCAAUACGUUACUAAUUGUGCUAAUUGCCACAGCACAUGCCAUAAAAUUUGUGCCUAUCCUGAUGAUAAAGAUAAAUGGAAAUGUAGUGCAAUGUCUGGUAAUGAAAGUAAUGCAACUUGCGUGGUUUGUGUUGGUCAUUGUACCUGGAAGAAGCAUUUUAAUAAUGGAUAUCUCUUUGAGUUGUACGAUGAUUGGGAAACAAAAACAUCAAAAGAGCUUUAUGAACGAUACACUGAAGCAAAAAGUGCCAAAAACAAACAUGAAUUUAUGAUUAAAGAAAUGGAAAAAGAGCUGCAGAAAAUGCAUGGUGUUGUUCUAUAUAACGUACGUCUAGCUCGUAAAUGUCUGAAGCGUCUUGAUGAGAUUGCACUGAAGCCAAAUCCAUUGACUGAAGUGGACUACAUUAAUCUACUUAUUGAAUCAGAAAAACAACAAAAAAAUUUGGGAUGGCAGCAGCGUGUAGCAUCUUUUUAUGCUGUUCGGGAAAAAGCUCUGUUAGUAGCUACAGUAAAAGAUAGAGAAGCAUUUGAUGAACAAUUGGCUCAAGAAAAUAACAGGGGCAUGUGGAAUACUUUUAAAGAGAGGGGUAAUAAAAUAUUUCAGAAUUUUUUUACCACACCACCCACACACACCUAA